AUGAAGUUCACCCUAGGCCUGGGGUCGCGGGCGUGGAGAGUGUCCUGGGAGCGGGCGGCGGCGGCGGCGGGCGGCGGCGCGCUCGGCAGCGGCUCACGGCGCUCUUCCAGCCCGCGGCCCGGCCGCCGCGGCUCUCGGCUCGCGCGCGCCCUCCCUCUAUGCCUCUCCCGCGGCGGCGGCGCCCCAGCUCUCCCGGACCGCGCCGGGCCCAGCCCCGGCCGCCUCGGCGCCAGGCAGCCGGCCGGCCCGCGCGCCAUGGAGCAGACGUACGGCGAAGUGAACCAGCUGGGCGGCGUGUUCGUCAACGGCCGCCCCCUGCCCAACGCCAUCCGCCUGCGCAUCGUGGAGCUGGCGCAGCUGGGCAUCCGACCCUGUGACAUCAGCCGGCAGCUUCGCGUAUCCCACGGCUGCGUGAGCAAGAUCCUGGCGCGCUACAACGAGACGGGCUCCAUCCUGCCCGGGGCCAUUGGGGGCAGCAAACCCCGCGUCACUACCCCCAACGUGGUCAAGCACAUCCGGGACUACAAGCAGGGCGACCCCGGCAUCUUUGCCUGGGAGAUCCGCGACCGGCUGCUGGCCGACGGCGUCUGCGACAAGUACAACGUGCCCUCUGUGAGUUCCAUCAGCCGCAUCCUGCGCAAUAAGAUUGGCAGCCUGGCGCAGCCCGGCCCGUACGAGGCGAGCAAGCAGCCGCCGCCGCAGCCGGCGCUGCCCUAUAACCACAUCUACCAGUAUCCCUACCCCAGCCCCGUGUCGCCCACGGGCGCCAAGAUGGGCAGCCACCACGGGGUCCCGGGCACAGCGGGCCACGUCAGCAUCCCCCGUUCAUGGCCCUCGGCUCACUCGGUCAGCAAUAUCCUGGGCAUCCGGACGUUUAUGGAGCAAACAGGGGCCCUGGGGGGGAGCGAAGGCGCCGCCUACUCCCCGAAGAUGGAAGACUGGGCCGGCGUGAACCGCACGGCCUUCCCUGCCAGCCCAGCCGUGAACGGGCUCGAGAAACCUGCCUUGGAGGCGGACAUUAAAUACACGCAGUCGGCCUCCGGCCUCCCCGCGGUGGGCGGCUUCCUCCCGGCCUGCGCCUACCCGGCCUCCAACCAGCACGGUGUGUACAGCUCGCCGGCCGGCGGCUACCUCGCCCCGGGCCCGCCGUGGCCGCCGGCACAGGGGCCCCCGCUGGCGCCCCCCGGGGCCGGCGUCACCGUACACGGCGGGGAGCUUGCCGCAGCCGUGACCUUCAAGCAUCCCAGCCGAGAAGUGGCCGACCGGAAACCGCCCAGCCCCGGCGGCAAGGCCCCCGACGGCCUCGGGAGCUUACACGGACUGCCCGUCCCGGCCUCGACCUCCUAG